AUUUCAAACAGGGACAAUUUCCGUGGCGGUCUCAACAUUGAACACCAAUCCGUAACGAAUCAAUGUCAUCCGACGUAGCUGGUCAAACUUGCAUAUCUCCUGACUGCGGCAAGCCCGCUAAGUUGCAAUGUCCAACUUGCUUGAAGCAAGGCAUUUCCGGUUCAUUCUUCUGUUCCCAGGAAUGCUUUAAAUCAAACUGGGCUACACACAAGACGAAACAUAAGGCUAAAGAAGUCGCUCCACAUGACCCUUUCAAGAACUAUCGAUACACUGGUGCUUUGAGAGCUCGCUAUCCUCUCUCACCAAAGCGACAUGUACCAGAAAACAUCCAAAGACCCGACUACUCGGAAACUGGCAUUCCCGUCUCUGAGCAGCGCGUACGAGGUAGCUCCGUUAUCCGAUCUUUGAGCCCAGAGGAAAUAGUGAAGAUGAGAAAAGUGUGCCAGAUAACCCGAGAAGUUUUGGAUGCCGGUGCUGCUGCUGUACGACCUGGCAUCACCACAGACGAAAUAGACCGAAUUGUCCACGAAGCAACUAUCGAGCGUGGAGCAUAUCCGUCUCCCUUGAACUAUUACAACUUCCCCAAGUCCUGCUGUACAUCUGUCAAUGAAGUUAUCUGCCACGGUAUUCCUGAUCAGCGACCUUUGAAAGAAGGCGAUAUCGUCAACCUUGACAUCUCUUGCUUCUUCGAGGGAUACCAUGGAGAUUUGAAUGCAACGUAUUUGGUUGGUGACGUCGACGAAAAGGGUCGAAAACUGGUUGACACUGCUCGUGAAUGUCUGCAAAAGGCCAUUGAUAUGGCUAAACCUGGCGUGAGAUACCGCGACUUCGGCAAAGUGAUAGAAGACCAUGCAAAGCAGAACGGAUUCUCUGUUGUUCGAACAUUCUGUGGACAUGGUAUCAAUGAUCUUUUCCAUGGCGCCCCCAACGUUCCCCAUUAUGCCAACAACAAGGCUAUCGGUGUUCUCAAGCCAGGUCAUACUUUCACUAUAGAGCCAAUGAUUUGCGAAGGAACUUGGAGAGAUGAAUUAUGGCCGGACAAUUGGACUGCCGUGACUGUGGAUGGUCGUCGAUCAGCUCAGUUCGAACAUACCUUGUUGGUUACUGAUGAUGGCAUUGAAAUAUUAACCUAAUGUAUCUCUUCGUCUAUAAUGUACAAGAAAUAGUUUCGAUGUAUUGAAAAUAUCUACUCAUUGUCCAUUGACAGAAAGUUUUAAGUUGCUAUUAACCAUACUAUGAGAAAUGUACAAUCUUUUUUGGCGCCGAAAAAUAUGCGGUCUUGAA